GUUUAUUCAAUGUUUCUUAAAAUAUGGAGCGACUACUAGUUAGUAGUUACACAAUUUCCCCAAUAACAUCUACAUAGUACAUAACCGUAAACAACUUAACCCGUACAUACAUACCUUCAGCUACCUGUCAUUUCAGUGUGCUAUAUUCUGUCAUGAGGCUCACAACUCUCCCUGCUCUGCUCCUCGGUAGCUCGCAAGCUCUGGGCUCUAAGCUUCAGCAGCCUCUCAAGACGACCCAAGCCACAACCUUCAGCUCUAAUUCGCAUACAUCACCUGCCUAUAGAGAAGACCUGGUGUCGCUACACAAGUCCCUAAUUGAUAUAUCUUCGAUCAGCGGCAACGAGAACGAAGUCGGCAAUUUCCUCGUCGACUAUCUCACCUCCCGCGACUUCAUUGUCCAGCUCGAGUUCGUACCCCCGCAGACGAACACCUCCGACCCCGACCCCGAAAAGCCACGCUAUAACGUCCUUGCAUGGAAAGGCCCAAACCGGCGCCCUUCACCCAAAGUCCUCGUGUCGAGUCACAUCGACACCGUGCCGCCUUUCAUCCCUUACUCUCGAACCGACGACCCUCUCACUGCCGACACCGUGAUUGCGGGUCGCGGCAGUGUCGAUGCCAAGGCGAGCGUAGCUGCGCAGAUCAUCGCUUUACAAACGCUACUAGACUCGGGCCGCCUCGACAAGGCGGAAGAUGCCGUCAUGCUGCUGUACGUAGUCGGCGAGGAGACGCUGGGCGACGGGAUGAAGUACUUCUCGGACACGCGUGGCAAACUGGACCCGCCGCCCGACUUUAAGGCUGCCAUCUUCGGCGAACCGACCGAAGGCCGUCUGGUCUGUGGCCACAAGGGGAUCUUCGGGUGCGAUAUCACUGCAACCGGACACGCUGGGCAUAGUGGAUAUCCGUGGCUAGGCAAGAGCGCGACCGAGGUGUUGAUGCGUGGGCUUGUGCGCGUCUUGGAUACGGACUUGGGUAGUAGUGAGGAAUUUGGUAAUACAACGAUUAAUGUGGGAUUGCUUGGGGGCGGUGUUGCAGCAAACGUCAUCCCUGAGAAAGCUACGGCACGAAUCGCGGGACGUGUGGCGAUUGGGCCUGAGGCCGAAGGUGGUGAGGUCGUUGCCGAGAGGUUGCGCAAGGUGAUGCAGAGUGUGGACGAGGAGGCAUUCGAGUUUGAUUGUCGAUAUGGGUAUGGUGUUGUGAAGUGCGAUUGUGAUGUCGAAGGCUUCGAGACCACAACGGUCAAUUACGGGACAGACGUGCACAACUUGGAGGGUAAUCACACGCGGUACUUGUACGGUCCAGGAACCAUAUUUGUAGCCCACGGGCCGGACGAGGCGAUCAAGCUUGGGGAUCUGGAAAACGCGGUCGAAGACUUCAAGAAGCUCAUCUUGCACGCCCUCGAGAGCUGAGCGAUUUGCAUUUUAUAGAGUGUCAAGAAGGAUAGAGCUCGGCCGACUCACUUGACUUUGUUCGUAUCGGCUAAUUCGCACAUAUCAUAGGAUACCCAAAUGAGAUGCUUUACCUUGCGAUUCGUCGCCAGGGCUAGGUGCACAUUCGAUACUAACUGUGAGGCUAGGAAUUUAUUCUUCUAUAUUCUUCUUUCCCUUGCAAGGCAUCCGCCAAUGUCAGUUUCCGACAACCUUGGCCCAUCGUUCUGGCAUGAUGUCUUUGAAGUCAAAAGAUCCAUCUACACCCUUUACGACCACACCUCGUUCCGUAACUAUAGCAUCGAUCAACUCGGCUGGGGUAACAUCGAACGCAGGGUUCCAAACGCCAAUGUCUUGAUGCGCGGUCGCUAUGCGCGCCGUCUGACUCACAUCGACCUUCCCAUCUUUU